AUGGCGAGGAGGCCGCGUGAGCGCCGUCGCAAGCCGGACGCGUGCGGAGAGUGCGUGCAGGCGGACGAGGAGGAUCCGCCCUCGACACACGCCCUCGACACGCUCAAGGGCUGCACCGACGGGCGCAGAGUCGCCUCUGGAGCUGCCCUCGCGCGCCCGUGCGCAGAAGGGGCAAGGGCCGUGCUGGAGCGAUGCAGGAGGAGGCGAAGCGGCGGAUUCGGAGCGAGCGAGCGCCUCCUCCUCGCGGCUCGACUUUGUCGCUUCGAGGAUGUCCGCCUCGGUCUCGCGCUCGAGAGCGCGCAGCUCGUGCAGCAUGGCGGUGUGGCAGUGGAGCAGAGCGGUGCAAAGGAGCGGGGCAGCUUCGCCUUCGAGUCGGAGUCUGUGCACAGUCCUCGCCGAGCGGUUUCUCGAGUCGGGAUGGAGCCUGGCACCACUCCUCUCGCCGACGCGCCGGUCGUGCACCCACCGCACCUGCACCCUCGCGCCAAGAAGCUCCCCCUCUCGCGCAACUCGCCCUCGCCGCCGCCCUCGCUCGACCUCGGCACCCCCUCGUCCUCCGCCAUGCUCGAGGUCUCGCACGACUACGACGCCGACGCGUCCGACACGGACGAGCCGCACGAGCGCCGCAAGGGGCGCGGUCUCGAGGUCAAGGGCACCAUGGCCGCCGUCGCCUCGCCGCGCUCGCGCUCGCCCGCCUCGCUCCUCUGGGGCGAGUCCGGGUGGCAUGCCGGCAGCUUCUCGUUCCCUUCGCUCGCCACCGUCGCCGCCGCCGCCGUCGCCGCCGAGUCGCCGACGCCGCACGCCUCGCCCGACCAGCACUUCCACACGCCGUUCUCGCUCGAGGACCUCGGCGUCCAGGCCCAAGUCGGCGGCGACCAGGUCAAGGCGGGCCAGAUCGACCACGAGGACGACGGCCCGCAGGCGUCGAACUCGUCCGCCGACGUCGUCCACCAGGCGGCGGCCACGGCGGCUCCCGUCCACCCGACCCGCAGCAAGAAGCUCACGCCGACCGCCGAGCCGUUCUCGCCCAGGGCCACCACCUUCACGCCUGUGUCGCCGCGCCCCGACGUCCCUCGUCUCGGCAUCAGCACGGCCCUGAGCCGCUAUUCGUUCCCGGCGGCGCACGCCUACAACGACGAGGCGAGCGUCGCGAGCUCGCCCGUCGACCCGCACACGCCGUCGUCGGCGCCGCUCCGCCACUGGUCGCUCAGCAGCAGCACGAGCAGCCGCUCGCAGUUCGACUACGACGGCCACCUCCUGUCGCAGGGCGCCAAGUACACGAUCGCCGACGAGAUCCUCCAGCUCCAGUCGGCGCCGCUCGGCCGCCGCAUGCUCGACUCGGACGACGACAUGGAGGUCCUCGCCGACGUCGACGAGCUCGAGACGGGCGCGAUGCGCAUGCGCGCCGCGAGCGAGGACCUCGGCCUCUCGAGCGCCGCCGGGCACUGGCGCCACCCGCAGUCGUACGGCGGGCGCCCGGUGCGCUCCGCCAACGGCGCCAGCUUUGCGCACGCGCGCAGCUCGAGCAUCGCGUCGUCGUCCGACAGCAGCUUCUACUCGCCGACGGCGGUUCGCCCCGUCUUUGCCCGCGCUCAGACCGCGGCGCAGCUCAAGACGUACUUUGGCGCGCCGCAGGACGACCCGUCCUCGGUCCACCUUCCCGACGACCACGACGCGUACCUGCCUCUCUCGCCGGCGGCGAGCGUCAGCGGCGUGUCGUACCGCAGCUCGCAGGCGAGCUUCGGCGGCACCUACCCUCCUCUCGCCCACCCCGAGCCGUUCAACCUCACUCGCGACGACGCGCUCUACCUCGAGGCGCGCGACCUGUUCGUCGAGUCGACGUGCACGUCGCUCACGACGCCCGUCACGGACGAGCACCUCGACAAGAUGGCGCAGCACUUCGACCACGCCAUGGACCAGUUGCACCCGCUCGCGACCCUGUUCGGCCUGUCGCAGGACGCCGCCGACCGCCUCCUCGCCGACCCGGACAACAGCGGCGUCGACGACGUCGUCCUCAAGGUCGCGGCCAUGAUGGGCCGCCAGCAGCAGUUGGCGAGCACGCAGCGCUCGGCCAUGGGCGUGCCCCUUCCCGGUCCGAGCCCGAACAACCGCAAGACCGAGCUGUACAAGACCGAGGGCUGCCGCAGUUGGGACGAGCUAGAGUGGUGCAAAUACGGCGAGAAGUGCCAGUUUGCGCACGGCAUCCGCGAGCUGCGCUACGCUCCCCGUCACGCCAAGUUCAAGUCCGAGAUCUGCCGCACCUUCUGGGAGGACGGCGCGUGCCCGUACGGCAGACGCUGCUGCUUCAUCCACGCCGCUCCCGACGGCACGGCGCCGUCGUCGCCGAGCGCGUCGCGCAAGGGCUCGACGGCGAGCAGUCGAGCCCAGAGCCCGGGCCCGCACGGCCGCAUGACCUCGACGGCCGUCACGACGGCGCCGUCGCGCACGUUCGGUCCGGCCCUGUCCGAGCUCCUUGGGAGCGCGUCGCACUCGUCGUCGUCGUCGGCGGCGCAGAGCUCGCCGGUCGAGGCCCGUGCGCCCCUUCCCGGCGGCUCGUCGUCCUCGUCUUCGACCGGCUCGUCGUUCGAGACGUCGACGCUGUUCGGCCUCGGGAUCCGCGAGCGUCCCGGCCAGGCGCCGGCGACGUACAGGGACGCGCCGCAGAGCCGCCUGCAGCGCCUCGCGAGCCUGAGCGCGCACGGCUCGAGCUCGUCGCUCGCCUCGCUCGGCGCGCCGCUCGGACCUCGCGGGUCCAUCUCGUCGUUCGGCUCGGGCGCGCCUCGCGGCUCGACGGCGUCGCUCGGUUCGCUCGCGUCGCCCUCGUACGCGGCGGCGCGCCCGAACAAGCAGGGUCCGGUCUCGCCGCCGUCGGCCUCGUCGAGAAGGUUCUUCACGGGCGCGUCGCACGCCCGCCAGGACAGCGCGGCGUCGUUCAUGUCGUCGGGGUCGUCGGCCGCCGCGCCGCUGUCGCCGUUCCUCGCCCGCAACGACUCGUCGUCGAGCCUGUCGAGCGCCGCCGCGUCGCCGAUGCUCCACCGCGUCGGCGGCGACUGGCUCUCGGGCACGGCGCACGGCGCCAUGUCGGCCGCGUACGGCAAGGGGGCCCUCGAUUGGCCCGAGAUCGAAGAGCUGUGCCUCGACGACCCGCCGGCGCCGACGGGCUCGUCGCUCCACGGUCGCGCCUGA